AUGGGUUCUGGAAAGAUCUAUGAUCAAGGUGACUCGCACAGGGCGAAGCAUCAACUUGACGAGGGCAACGACGAGUACAGCGACUACGAUCGGACGAGGAAGCGAAGCCAUCGCGACCGUGACCGCGCCUCGCCAGAACGCCACACCAAGCGCGACAGGUCGACAGAGAGGAAUCGAGACCGCCACCUUCACAAGAGGCGUUCCAGGAGCCCUCAGUCCACGAGGCAGAGGUCGCGAGAUCGAGAUGGAGACAAUAGGCGAACAAGACGGGACUCGGGCUCGCCUGAAGACACAGAGUCACGUAGACGACGACGACGGAGAAGACCACGCUCGCUGGAAGCCGACAUCAGUGACGGGACCGGGCGCAAAGAAAGCAGCCGCCAUCAGGAAAUGAGCACACGCAAGGAUGGACGCGACGACAGCCAGCCAGUCGUCAGACGAACUGGUCCGUUGCCGUCGCAGGCGGACUCCUUCGCAGUCAGCAACGGCGAAGAACCCGAGAAACCCAAGGAAAAACCCAACUUCGGCAAUACAGGUGCGCUCGCUGCUGCCUCCAACUCGGUCACGCAAGCAGACGGAACGACUAUUACGCUCAAGUAUCACGAGCCGCCAGAGGCCCGCAAGCCCCCGGCGCGCGAUGACUGGAAACUCUUCAUUUUCAAAGGCAACGAUGUCGUGGACACGAUCGAGCUGGGUACCCGGAGCUGCUGGCUUGUGGGGAGGGAGGCCUCAAUAGUGGACAUGGUCGCCGAGCAUCCUAGCAUCUCCAAGCAGCACGCGGUGGUGCAGUUCCGGCACACGGAGAAGAGGAACGAGUUUGGCGACAGGAUCGGGAGGGUCAAGCCGUACCUGAUCGAUCUGGAGAGUGCAAACGGCACCGAGCUGAACGGUGAGAAGGUGCCAGACCGACGAUACCUUGAGCUGAGGCCCAAGGAUGUGAUCAAGUUCGGCCUUAGCACCAGGGAAUAUGUCAUUAUGCUCGCGAGAGACUAA